UUCUAUGUUUAUAUCAGCACCAUUUUGGAUUAAUAAUUCUAGAAUGAUUGUCGGGCUGUGCCUUGCAGCUAAAAUCAAAGCACUUUCUCCUUUAUUGUUUGUUAUGUUAGUAUCUGCACCAAAGUCCAAAAGAAGUUUGAUUUCGAUAUCAUCACAUUGAGAGCUUAUCUGAAAAGCUUUUGUUUGGGCCAGAUAGAUCUACAUCACUACAUCCUUUGUGGCUUUCCAUCCAGCGAUUGGCUGAGACAUUACUGGAUUGUUCAAGAAAUAAUCACCUGGUUUGAGAAACUUUAUGAUGUGGUAGAUAAAUAUAAAUUUUCUUCUCUUGGCUACUACUUUAACAGUCCAAGGUGAGGCCUGUAAGAGGUGGAAAGCUUCAACUAUCUUGGCAUUAUCCUAGACAACCAUGGAGGAACAAAUGCAGAUACCAGAAUCCACAUUGGUAAAGCUCAAACAGUUUCCCAUCUGCUGAAGAACACCUGGAGAUCCAGGGAAAUAAGCACCACCACCAAGAUCAGGCUCUUCAACACCAUCGUUAAGCAAAUACUGCUUUAUGGAGCAGAAAUCUGGAGAACCAGUCAUGGAAAAAAUUCUAGAUAUUCAUCAAUGCCUAUCUCAAGAAGAUUCAUAUGAUCCACUGGCCAGAUAAGAUCUCAAAAGAUGAACUGUGGCAAAGAACAAAGCAAGUGCCCAUUGAAGUAAAUAUCUUUCAGAGAGAGAUGGAUAGGCUACACUCUUCACAAGCCUGCAUCCAACAUUACAAGACAAGCCCAUCAGAAAGGAAGUUUGGUGAGAUUCUCAACUGAAUCAGUUAAAUGGCUAUAUUCAAGAGAUAAUGUCUUUAAGAGACCGAACAGCAAGCAUUGGUUUCUAAGACAAAAAUGAUGACAUUCUCAUACAAGCCAAAGUGUUUUAAUCAAGUCUAUAAGAAGAGUGUUGUAUCAAACUCAUCCAAAGACCAUAAAUAAUUCACAAGGGGAUAGUGGCAUGACAUCAGGAUUUUAUCAUUUAUUAUGGAUUUAUGGUCUUUCAAGUUUUAUAAGAAUGGACUUUGAUAUUCAGUUUGGAAGUCCCGCUGGGAUGAGUCAACUGAUUAAAUACUUUGAAACCCAGAGUAGGCAGUUGGACCAGCAGACUGUUCACCUUGCACCCGCUUCUUUCAACCCUGAGUUUGAGUCACUGAUUCGAUUCAAAGGUGUACCCAUCCUACCACCUGCUAUAACUUCCAGUAGAAGGAAUGAACUACAGCAACAUAAAAAAGAUGCUGUUUUGCUUGAAAAAAGACUUAAAGCCAGACAUCAUCAAACACAAGUAGACACAUAUCACAGCCAGGGUGGUCCCGUAGAAAGUACUUUCAGGCCAACAGCUCGUCAGCUCAACUUUGAUGUUGAUGUACAGCAUGAGAACUCUCCUUCCAGCAUUCUUCAAGACAGACUUGCAUCAACAAGCUCUCUCAACACCUAUGCCAUUGCAGAACCUGAGAUUGUGACUGAGGACUUUGGUUUACAGACCAUCGACUCUGUCAGUUCAGAGUUCACUACACUUGAUGAGAGCUCUAUACCUAAAGUAUUUAAUGGUCUUGUUCUGACGUCUUUGAAAGAGCAGAAAAUUUCAUAUGACUUAGAUCGCCUUUCCAAAGCUCUUAAUGUACAAGAACUGACAUCAACUAGUGGCAGUGACUUGAGUGACUUUAUUCCUAAAAGUGCUAAUCAGAAUUGUGAACAAAUUUCUUUCCCUAAAGAUGGAAAUAAUGGGGAGGAACAAACUGUUAGUUUUUGUCAUGAGAGUCAAGACACUGUGGUGGAAGUAUCGCCAGGGGACAACACCAGCACAUCUGGAUUUGUUGAGAACCCCCAUCUAGAGCAUACACAUAGUAGUCCUUGUAGCUCCCCAGGAUAUGGGUCAGCCAACACCAGCACAACUAUUGACAGUCAGAGAAGUAGCCGCAGCAGUCCAAAGUCUCUGAAGGGGGCUGUUCACUUUGCUUCCUUUGUGACUGAGUACAACACGAGGAUAAGUCAAGCGUUUGAUAAGCCAACAGUAAUUACAAAAAAAAUCACAGUUGAUGAUGUACAUAGUUGCUCAGGAGGACACAGUGAUCAUGUGGUUGAACCUGUCAUUGGUCAUCUUAGUAACUCUAGGCACAAACAUGCAUUAGACAUGAAUUUACCUGAUCCACAAGACAGUGAUAAACAGCUUAACAUUCCAUUUCAAACAUACUGUAACUCAGAUACACUUUAUGCAAAUAAAGAAAAUGAAAGUUCGGGACUCAGUAAAUAUUCUUCACAUGCCAUCAGGAAAUUAAGAAAAAACAGCCAUGGGGAAAAAAAAGUUAUUUGCUCAGAAGCAAAAGACUUGCCUCACAGUGGUGACAAGCCUCAUGUGUGUGAGCAGUCACUACCUGUGUUGGCCUUCAAUGUUGUGCACCAGGCAGGAAGUGAUGUUGAGACACCUGGAUUGCAUUUUAAUGUUAAUCCAGAACCACAUUCCCAUCCUUCCAAAUCUGUAUCUACCUCAGCCACUGCUCUGACUGACAAUAGACAUACAUCUGUUUCUUACUCUCAAGGCUCCAGUGCUUCCAACUCUUUCACAGUUACUUCUGAGUCUAGCAGCAGUACCAUUAAAGAUGAUACACCUUUGCAGAAUGGUAAUAUACUCUCUAAUUGUAUCAAAGGUACAAAGGAUACUGAGUACUGUGACAAUACAAUGCAAUCUUCAUCAGAAAGAACUAACUCUGAUGAAAUAGACAGGAAAGAGGGUAACACUCCAAAGACAAAUUGUAUCAGUGAAACCACUACUACUCUGCAAGAAAGUGUUAAUGCACAAUCACCUUAUCAGACAUUGAUCCGAAGAGGAUCCUACACACUAAGUGAGCCUUCACCAGCUUUGCUUCGUGCAAAGUCAAAGCUGGAAGCUGAAAAAAAAUCAAAGGAGCAAUCAGAGCUAGGCCAGCAAUCUAAACAGCAAAAGGAAUCCAACAGAAAGCCACUAACCACAAAACAGAGCUCUUUGAAAGUUUCAGCAGCUAUCAACCCCUCUGGUAGUUCUAUUCCAUCCCACUCAGAAAGGGAAGGUAAAGCAGAACACAUUAGUAAGUACUUGAGUCAAGUACAGUUCCAGAACUCUAUGAACUUUAGUUGGGAUGCAAAUCAGCCAGUUCUGGAGAGUGAAAUCAAGUCAUUGAGUGAUGAGAUUCAUGAGAAGGAUUUGGACACUACUGUCUCAGUGUUAGAAGUUUUAAAGUCUAUAGCAGAAAGUCAAGGCAGCAUAGAAACUAUGACAGUAGAAGAUUUAUUAUCACUCCAUCAACAACAAAUGGGUCAGAAGAGACAGGAACUUAUCAGACAACAGCAACAAGAUAUGGAGGAACUUUUUAUUCAACAAAGAAGAGAGGUUAUGCUCCUUGAAGCUGAGAUUAAAGCAGCAAAACAGCUGGAAAAAGAUCAGCAAGAGUUCCUUAUACAGAAUGCUCCUGAAAAUAUCAAGGUCAGGGCAAGAAACCAUGAAGAAGAAUAUAGCCCAGAACAAAGUUAUGAUGAUGUGCAGCAGACUGUGAAUGUAUUCAAAGGACAAACAUAUGUUAAGAGCCAGUCUGUGCCUUCUUUACACACAAAGGCAGCCUCUACAGAAAACAUUCCUUUGAUGAGGACCAAACCUACUGACAAUGUUCACAUGAGUAAAAAAUUUCAACAUUUAAAAAACAGUAGCUUUCAAAGUCUUGCUAAAAGCAAACUAACACCAGACUUGUCUCAGAGUCCAGAUUUGAGUCCUUCACAAUUAUCACCCAAGAAUCAUCGACCAUUGGUUUUCAGAUCACCACUAAAGAGUACUAUUUCCCAUUUAUAUGAAGACAUUGUUUAUAACCCUUCACAGGCUAACUUACCAGAAAUGAAAUACAAAUUUGAUAAAGUCAGUGCAGCAGCUAAAGGAUUUUUAACAAGGUGCUUGUUCAGAUCUGAUAAAGUUCAAGAGCUUAUUAAAACAAUUCAUGAUACACGUGAGUUUGCUUACAACUUUCAAACUGAAACCCCCAUCAAGAAAGGUGUCUUCACAACCCAAGACACAGCCUUGUUGGAGCGUAUCAUAGCACAGCUUCAAGCAGCACUGCUGGACAUCCAUGAAAUUUUCUUUGAGAUUCCAGUCUCUGAACGUAUGGCUCUGAUUGAACAAACAAGAUUAAAGGAAAAUGAAAAAAAAAUCAAAGCUUCCAGUGAUAGUACAAGAGAGUCAGGACCAAAAAUUAGUCAGGCCACACUGAAAGCUCUAGAGAGGAAAAGAAAAGCUAGAGAAGCAGAAACUAUGGCUUUGAUUAGUAGCUCAAGACCUAAAACAGCACCUACAACAACUAAUAAUAAACUAUCUAGUCAAACAGAUAUGAGGGCCUUGAAACCUCUUACAAGUCAUACACAACUUGCACGGUCUGAGACUAGCAGAUCAGAAAAAGAACGUCCACGGACUGCUCCUGAAAAGCCAUUGACAAAACCCAAACGUAUAACAGCUACAUUAAUCAAACCUGGUCCCUCCAAUUUAACUGAGUCCAAUAAAGACUGUAACAAGGACAGUACUGUCUCUUCAGGCAUUAAUAACCAAGGUACUAACAGCAACAAGCCAGUGAUCAAGUCAAAAGUAGCUACCAACAAAACCGCACUAAGCCAGCCACCUAAAUCCUGGAGAUAGUAUUCAAUGAUGGAAACAAAACUGAGGAAAUCUAUUUUCAAUUAUGUAAAUUUUUUUUUAACAUGAAGGGAAAGUAUUUGGACAGAAAAUUAGUUUGUUCGUUUCAAAAAUUGAAUGAACUGUUUGUGAUCUGCUGAGUAAAAAAAAAGUCAACUGUUGUAAUUUUGUGUGUGACUCAUUUGAUGUUCUGAACUGCAUUGUUUAAAUAUAUUUCUAAAUGAAAUUGAUUCCAUUCAUUUUGUUUAUUAAAUAAAUUCUUAACAAAUUCAUUAGGUACAUUCAGUCAUACAAGUAAACAAAAUAUGUGUUUACAUUUGGAUAAAACUUUUUUUAAAAGCCAGUUUUAUCUAGUUUACUAGCAAAUCUCAAUAUCUACAGAAAAUCUCUUAUUCAUAUAGGUUUACAUUCAUUUUCCCUCAUUCAGUGUAAAUUGUACAGUGUUUAUGGUGAAUACACUAUCUAGCUUAUGUUUUGUAUUAAAGAAACAAAUUAUUUGAAAGAAAUAAUAGCCAUUUAAUUUGAUACAGAAAAUGAUACCAUUUUUCCCCUGUUAACCUUUUAAUUCUAAUUAUAUUUUCAUUGUUAUGACAGUUUGAGCCAUACAAUUAGUUUUGAAUUCAUGAAAUUUGACAUAUUUUUGAAUGGGUCCAAUGUUGUUGUUUUUCUAUUACUGCCUUUCUUUGACUUAUCUGUAAUAACCAAGUGCAGUAUUUUUUUUCCUUUAUUAAUAAUAAACUAUACAAUAUGA